AAAUCCAACAUCCGUGCGGAGGCACGGGUCAAGAUCUAGUAUGUAAUAUUAAGGAACAUAGGGAGAGGGAGUAAUUAAGUAGAGUCGACUUGCACCAAUCCCAAAAUCAGAAAUGUGAAGAAAUCCAGUAGAGGGAGUAAACCAAAAAUUAAAUCUUUACGGCACCAUUGAGGACUGAGGAGACACAAAAAGAAUUUAUAUAUACUAGGCUUCCGCACGCAACUUCAUUCAGGCCUCAACAUACUUAUGAAGCCACACUUAGAGAACGAUGCAAAGAGUUAUCAACAACUGGUGUUCUUCUAUUAGAAACUUUACUCUCUAUGGAAGCAUAUAAGCGUGGGACUGCUUCAGCUGCACUUAACUCUGAGUAUUUCUUGACGAGGCCUUAUGCGUGUGAUCCUUCUUCAUUGCCUAAAUAUCCACCAAACAAAGAGAUGGAUGCUAAAAAUCGCGACGACAUGCGCAGGAAAAGAGCAAACCUCAAGCUUAGAGAAUCUGGAGUUGGCAGGAAACACAAAAGACCACAUAGAGAAGAACAAGAUCCAAACAGUUACGCUGAGCUGCCAAUAAGACAGGACACGUUUGAGGAUAAAAACAUAACGAAUGAGGGUCCUCGAGCCACUACAACAACACAUGGAAAUUACUACGAACUCUCUGACCUCCCAAUGACGACAGGACCGGCCAGUGGCUUUUCGUGGGCUGUGAAAAGACGAAAAGAUCCGGAUAAUAUCUCCACGCUUACCUACUAUCAACCAAGCUCAAGGAGCCAAUUGAGCGAAACAAGUGCCGCUUUGGCCAAGAACACUUUUGGUUUGAACCUCAAACCCGAAAAUGAAUCAGUUUAUGAGAUUGAGGGAGACAACGAUGAUCAGAUUAUGGAGGAGUUACCCUGUGAGGACAAGCUAAGCCGUACUGGUAAACGACACGGAUCACUUGAUGGGUCUGGUUUGGAUUUCAGCCAAAGAGGGGAGGGCUCUCCAUUAAAGAAGAACUUAGAGCAUCUACAGUUCGGAAAACAGAGCAUAUCAGGACCGCUAAUAUUUAAAUCAGGCAAGAUCGACGAAAUUUUGCAAAGGAACGAAAGUAAUAUCCGGCAAGCGGUCCGAAAAUCCCACAUCAAAAUGGGUAAAUAAAUUAAUAACUCAAGACUAAACCGAAAAUAACCUGAUGGUUUUGUAAUUUAUGAAACCACUUCCUUUUUUUUCU